AGCUAGGGCGCGGUAUUGUGAUGGAGCGCUCUGCGAGCGUUUCUUGGCGCCUUGCUUGAUCGAUCGCCGGGUAAGCGAGAUUCUUUCCGAGAAACCAGGACUGGAUUCGUGAUUGCUUAGUGCCUCGCCGAUUUCCCUUUCUACGCUUGGCCUCUCGAAAUUCCGCGAUAAUCUUGCAAGCAUGGCGCCAGCUGCGGCCCAGAGUGCCAAGAUCGCAAGGCCAGCGCCUUCCAAUCCGAAAUCCAACUCCAUCGGCUCCUACAGCUUCACUCGAAGCGCCUCCAGCGGGCACGAUUCUUUGGGGGCUGCCAAGAGCGACGCGUCCUCCUGCACCAGCGUCUUCAAGAAACCCGAAUCCACGGCUGACACCAAGACGCGCCGCGUUCUUUCGGAUAUAAGCAACGUCCCUGGUGGUGUGGCUCUACCCGAGCAACAUUCGCUUUCAACACCCAGGAAGCUGUCCGUGGACGUGGAUUCGCAUGGUUUUGGGACAGCCGCAACCCGAUACGAGGACUCACAGCUCAAGAGGAAUUCGUCGUUGCCAGGCAAAGCCAUUGCGCCGAUCACUACAGCACUUCGCUGCGGUGGGAAAUCCCUUUCGAAAGGCACCACUCCAGUGGCAGAAUGCAUUCUAAAGACGAAAGUCCAGGCUCACCCGAAGAAGAAACCGAGGGACGACGCGAUCACUCCUUUGCAAUGGAGCCGAUCCCCUCCAUCCAAGCUGUCGACGCUGAGAAAGAAAAUUUUGGACAAGGUGGCGGGCAAGUCCAUCGUGAAGCCGAAGAACCAGGUCCAAAGGCGCAGUAUUUCCAAGGACAGGGAGUUCAGAAGGCUGUCCAUGGUGAUUCGAAGCGAGGAGGAGCUCCUGGAGAAAAGCAAAGCGUACGAGGAAAAACUCGAACUUCUCCAGCAGCAGUGUGUCAGCAAGGAAUCUGAGAUUGAGAGCGUCCGCAACGUGGGAAAAAUGCUCGGCAAGCUUUGCGUCAACCAGGCCGAAGAACUAAAGGCCCUCAAAGGGAUGUUCCCGCCGACGCUGAGGGAAGUGGUCCAGCUUCGCGACGUGUGCCAGAAGCAGGAGAAAGAGCUGCGAGACGCCCGCACAGUGGUGCCAUCGCUGCAAGAACAAGUGAAGCUACUCACUGCCCAGCUCGAUUCCCUGGCAGACGAUAUUGAAAAGGUGAAAGCCGCUAGACUGGCAAGGAGAGCACUCACCUGUGACGUUUCUACAAAGUCGACAGUGGAAAGCGCUAGCACUGAACCGAUCCAUCCCAAACAAGAUCAUGCAACACAGCCAGGAAGUGUCACCACCUCGAUGACCGAAGCAAACCUGGAAGCUUUGAUGCAAAGGAUGAAUCUAACGUCGGCGGAAGAAAAGGAUUUGUCCGCGCUGGAGGAGAAGUGUGCCUCGGCUUUCAGGGACCUGGAAAACUUCCGGCCAUCUUAGCCGUUAGAUGUUAGACCCCUUGACCGUUCGAUGGAAGAGGCCUUCUGUAUCGGAAUCGACGGAAUGUAUCUAUUCCAGACCACCCAAA